AAUUCCACAUUACAGCGUAAAAUCAAAAUUCCCCUUUUGUAGUAUUUGGUUGUGUGGAUGCAGUCGCCGGAGCUGUGGUUCUCUCUCUCUCCCCCUCUCGAUCUGAGCCUCUUCUCUCUCUACAGCACAAAAACAAGCUUUUCUCUCGCAACUUUUCAGCCGUACAUAGUUUGAUCUGUGCCACAUAUCUGUAUCUAUAUCCAUAUACUCUUCUUCUUCUUCUUCUUCUUCUACUUCGUCGUUUCUGUCGAACUUCUCCAUCUCCAUGUACGGCUUCGAUUUUGCUUCUGUUUUCCACUUUCAUUCACAAAAUUGCUACUGCGUAAAUAGAGCUUGAAUUGUUUUGCCACCAGUCUCAUUCUCUACUUCUCCCAACUAAAUUGAGCUCUGAACUUUUUGAAACUGCGAAGCCAACUCUUGCGUUUGUGGCGCUGAGUUGACCCCCGAUCUCCUGCUUUGCUGUAUGUGCUAGUGUUAUAGUCCGAGCCUGAGGCUCGGGAUUUGAACCAUGACUUCAGAUAACGAGCAACAGGCUUGGAUCGAAGAGGAGGCCAAACCGAACGUUUCCUAUUUGCACAAGUUUCGGCUCUAUGAGACUCGCUCGAACUUUUAUGUGAUUGGACGGGAUAAGAACAGAACUAUCUGGAGAGUGUUGAAGAUUGAUAGGUCAGAACCUUCUGAUCUAAAUAUUCUCGAGGAUUCUACAACGUACUCUGAAAUCGAAUGCUCUGAUCUGCUAAGACGAAUACACGAAGGAAACAAGUCAACGGGUGGGCUUAAAUUUGUCACGGCCUGUUAUGGAAUUGUUGGGUUCAUAAAGUUCUUGGGGCCUUAUUACAUGCUGCUUAUAACAAAAAGACAGAAGAUCGGCACGAUCUGUGGGCAUGCAGUAUAUGCCAUUUCCAAGAGCGAGAUGAUUCCAAUUCCAAAUCCUACUGUGCGGUCCACUAUGGGUUUUUCUAAGAAUGAGAACAGAUACAAGAAGCUCCUAUGCGCAGUGGAUCUUACAAAGGACUUCUUUUUUAGCUACUCGUAUCAUGUCAUGCGUAGCCUUCAAAAGAAUCUAUGUAGUCAUGAGACAGGACAAAUUCUUUAUGAAACAAUGUUUGUCUGGAAUGAGUUCUUAACUCGUGGAAUCCGCAAUCACCUCAAAAAUACUCUGUGGACUGUUGCGUUGGUACAUGGCUUCUUUAAACAGGUCAAACUUUCUAUAUCUGGAAGGUACUUCAAGCUGACCCUCAUUGCGAGACGAUCACGUCAUUUUGCUGGCACCAGAUACUUGAAACGAGGAGUAAAUGAGAAGGGUCGAGUAGCUAAUGACGUUGAAACAGAACAGAUUGCAUUUGAAGAUGUUCCUGAAGGAUAUCCGAUUCGCAUAAGUUCUGUUGUGCAGAACCGCGGUUCGAUACCCCUUUUCUGGUCACAAGAAACUUCGAGAAUGAAUAUUAAACCAGACAUCAUAUUAUCGAAGAAGGAUCAUAAGUACCAAGCAACGCGACUUCACUUUGAGAAUCUUGUCAAGAGAUACGGAAAUCCAGUUAUCAUUUUGAAUUUGAUAAAGACUCGUGAGAAGAAGCCCCGCGAAUCUAUCCUGCGUGCGGAGUUUGGGAAUGCCAUUGCUUUAAUUAAUAAAGAUUUAACCGGAGAGAACCGCUUGAAGUUCCUUCAUUUGGAUCUGAAUAAAUACUCUAAAAACAAAGCAAUAGAUGUGCUGGCCCUUUUACGGAAAGUGGCUGCAUAUGCAUUGAAUUUCACUGGCUUCUUUUAUUGUCAAGUAGCACCAACUUCAGGCACGAAGGGACUGAUUAAUUGGUCAUACUUCCAGAACAAUUAUAACGGUGACUUCUCCGUACAGAACCUUUGUGAUGCCAAAAUGGGUGUUAACGGCGAAACAGAUGAUUCUAGUAGUAGCAUUGAUAAGUGUGGAAAACGCUUUGUCAAGCCUCCAAUGUUUCAGAAAGGGAUCCUAAGAACCAAUUGCAUAGACUGUUUAGAUCGCACGAAUGUUGCUCAAUUUGCAUUUGGGUUGGUUUCUCUCGGGCAUCAGCUGCAUGCCUUGGGAUUUACAGACGACCCCAUUAUUGGUAUGGAUUGCCCUUUGGCAGAUGACUUAAUGAGUCUAUAUGAGACAAUGGGUGACACGCUUGCGCUGCAAUAUGGUGGAUCCGCAGCACACAAUAAGAUAUUCUCUCAGAAGAGAGGUCACUGGAAAGCAGCAGUUCAGUCCCAAGAGUUCCUUAGAACUCUACAGCGAUACUACAGUAAUGCCUACAUGGACGCUGAGAAGCAAGAUGCAAUCAAUGUGUUCUUGGGGCAUUUCCAGCCACAACAGGGUAAACCAGCUCUUUGGGAACUGGAUUCAGAUCAGCAUUACAGUAUUGGAAGGCUUAGUUUUAAAGAUGAAAAUGGGAGAUCAUUUCUGAAGAGGUCACUGUCAGACGGCAACAUUCCUUGUGAAAGCAACUCACCACUUGAAGUGACUGAUGUUGGGCAGAUGGAAGAGCACAACCAGUCUUUUCCUCAUAACAUGCAUGAUGGUAACAAGGAUCUUUCGGAGUCCACACCAGAAAUCUCUACUUGUGAAAGUGAAUUAUCUUAUACCAGGUAUACACCCUCAAUGUCUUCUAGGCGGCUUUUCCCUGAUAUGCAGCCCGAUCAAUGUCUAGAAAGUGAUUGUAAUUGUUUUGAUGGACGCCGGGAUUCAUUCAACUGCUCAAAUUUUCUUGACGUGGAUUGGCUUUCUUCUUCUGGAAAUUCAUGUGAAGAAGACGCAUAUGAAAGAUCUACACUCAUAAGCUCACCUAUUGCUGGUGUAUCAUCUGAUAGUGUUUUAACUGGACUUAAAAUGGAAUCAGGCGUUUCUCCAAGUGAGUCUGGGAAGAGUUCUGACGUUAUCGCUGAAUUUUCUGAUAACUUCAUGCGCUGGGUUAACUACGGCGAGAUGUUCCCCUGAAGUUUUGCUGAAAUUUUCGACAUACCGAAAGAAAAAAGAAGUUUUGCUGAAGCUUUUACAUCCAGAUUUUUAUUUCUUGCCAACAUCAUCAUCUGAUUCAAUCUACUCAUCCGAAGGAUGUGGAUUUCUCAACAGAAAAUUAAAUUGCGGGAGAUCGGCUUUAGAGAUAUGAGAAGGAAGAAAUCAAUUGGCAAUAGCACGAAAGAUAUAUUCUUUUGAACAAAGAUGUUCAUGCCUUGUGAAUUUGCAGCAUUUUAUUAUUGAUUGAGAACAACAAAGGAAAGUAAAUUCAAGUAGAUAGAAGCAACUUACUGUUUUUCUUCUUUGAUCUUUCAGUUCCUCCUGUGUAUAAACUUGGAAUUUCAUCCUUGUAAAUAUUUUACAAGUACUUAUGUAGACUUAAAGAGCUCCAAUUCGCUA